AUGCAUUUCUUCCAAUCUUUGUUGUCAGCAGCAGUGCUGAUCCUGAGCACCAAUGCCGCUUCCUGCGGUAUCCAACCAAAGGGCGAUAUCCAACCAAAGGUCGCCUCAGGCUGGCAAGGGUCUGGAAUCUACCAGAUUAUCAACGUUGCUAGCAAGACUGGUAUUGACUUGUUGCAUGGAGGAGACCAGAUCGUCGGAUAUCGCGCGAAUCUCGAAUCUCAAAACCAGGUGUGGAAGAUCAGCCUUGUGAGUGUGGAUGGUGCCUGUGGAUCAUUCGCCAUUCAAAACAACCGGACACUCGACGCUAUUACUUCCAAUGGAGUUCCCCAACGUAUCUCGGCCACCAAAUUCACAAGCCAUAAGACCCAGCUGUGGAACAUCAAAAUUCAAGAGAGCGGUUCUGUGGUCUUCGAAAAUAUUGCCUAUCCAUGCAACUACAUUGAUUUGUAUCGAGGCCAGACUGGAAACGAGGUGCCAAUCUAUAGCUACCCAAAGCGGAGUGAGCCGAAUCAGCAGUGGGACCUCAUUCCUCUGGGCCCCAAACCAACCGCCGAUGAUAUUGUCAAUGGCCACCUGGGGCAGCUCACGAUCAACGUAGAGCUCUGA